AUGGAGCUAUUUCUUAGGUCGAAGCGCUUUCGUCUCGUUGGGUUUCUUCGGCUUGCAAUUAUCUUUCCUGUCAUGAAAGGCUGCGCUUCUCAACACCUUAGAGGGAAAUGUACCUUCGACGAGAAUACAUUCUGUAGCUGGUAUAACGAAAGACACAGCGACCAUUUUGAUUGGUCUCUUCGUCAAGGAAGUUCUCCCAACAAUCGAACAGAUAAAGAAGCAUAUAUCUACAUCGAAACGUCAUCUCCACGUAUGUAUAGUGAAAAAGCCAGGUUGAACAGUAUAUGGAAGACAGGCCCACAGAGAAUGGAGUUUUUUUACUACAUGUACGGCAGUACUAUCGAGACUCUGUCGGUGUAUGUCAAAAUUAACGGCAGCGAAUACAGGGUAUGGAGUCGCUAUGGAAGCCAGUUAUCGAGCGACUGGAUCAAAGGCUGUGUGACUUUAAACUACCGAGGAACUUAUCAGAUUAUAAUUGAAGGAGUAGCAGGCAUUUCGAAUGCCUCAAACAUUGCCGUUGAUAACGUCAGCUUCAGUAAAAACCUGAGUUGCGUUUCUAAUGGCAAAACCACACCUGAGGAAAUAUUUGAAGUAAACUGCACUUUCAAUGGAAACUUUUGUGGGUGGCGUAGCUUGUCGCUGUCACCGGAUCAGGUCAGCUGGAAGAAAGCGGGCAACAAAACUGGACAGAAUGGAGAUUUUGCUGGAAACUUCAUUUACACUUCUCAACCUAUAAAAGAAAAUCGGUCCAUCCAUCUAUUGAGUCCUCUUAUGCUGGGACCAAAGUGUUUUCGCUUCUCAUAUCACAUGUCCGGGAAGAAAGUUGGAAAACUUGAUAUCCUGCUUCAAGUCCGGAGGCAGCAAGAGGAUUACUUGAUAUGGCAGAAAACUGGAGAUCAGGGAAAUAGGUGGAUACAAGGUAGCAUUGGUAUCGGCUACACCGGCGAAUUCCAGAUUGCGCUGAAAGCAACUCCUGGCAAAAAUUACACAAGCCGUAUAGCUUUGGAUAGCUUCAUUUUAACUGAUGGGCUGUGUGACGACGAAAGUGAACUUGACAGCAUUCAACAAGGAAACUGUAACUUCGACAAGAAUUUUUGCUUUUGGAAGAAUGAUUUAAAUUUCAUUUUCAAGUGGACUCCUCAAGGAGACAGAGCACCCAAGUAUCAGACCGGACCCAGCGGUGAUCAUACUUCAGGCAUUGGCUCGUACAUUUUUAUUGAUGCUUCAAGUCCUCGCCAGCCUGGAGACACCGCGAGGUUGACAAGUCCAUGGAUGCGGGGUCCACAAUGUAUGACCUUCUUCUACCAUAUGUUUGGUUCACACAUGGGUUGUGUGGUUAUGUAUAUUAGAAUCAAGGCUGGAGAGAAGUUACAACCAAUAUGGUUGCGGUCGAAAGAUCAAGGAGACCGUUGGAGACAAGGGCAAUUAAGUAUCUACAGCAACUUUACGUAUCAGAUAAUCAUUGAUGGCAUCAGAGGAGGUGGUGAUUCAGGGGAUGCAGCCCUGGACGACUUCACCUUUCAAAGAGGACCUUGCCGGGAAACAGAUGAAACCACGUAUUACGUUUCGUCUUAUAUGGGUAAAGAUUAUAAAAUAUCCUCUCGACCUUCUGAACACAGUCUCUACUCCGAAGAAUUCCGUUUUACUCUCAAACAUCCACGAGGACUUCCCACAGAAACCUCUUAUUUUAUCUACUCUGAAGCAUCCAGGAGACACAGUUUCGUUAGGGAAAAACUAGAUCUGUCUGACUAUGAUAACUAUCCGUUGGAUGUGGUUGUCCUUAAUGACAACGGACCGUCUCGAAUUUGCAGGAAGAUUUAUUUUAUCAAAAGGGAUAACAGUGGACCCAUGAUAAGUCUGGACGACUACAGUGCCGUGGAUUGUUGCAAAGGAAAAAUUAAAUUUUCUCUUUGUGCUCUCAAUGUAACUGAGCCAGAUAAUCGUUUGACUUCUGGAUGUCAGCCCGGUUGGUACGGAGUAGGAAAAUCUUGUUUCAUGUUUUAUUUUGAAUCACCACGGGAGUGGCGCUUGGCGCGAACUUUGUGCCACAAACAAAAUAGCGAAAUGGCCAUUGCCAAAAGCGUUGAUAUACUGGAAGCCCUUGCCAAUCUGAGAAAACAUCUAAAUUCUGAAGACCUGGAUCUUUUUCUUGGGCUAAAGAGCAAGGUACGCUGGACUUGGGUAGACGGCGAAAAGGUGUCAAACGUACACAAAGCUUUGUGGAAGCCUACCGAACCAAGUGGUGAUGGCAAGUGUGGAUCUCUCCAAAGUUUUGUUAGUUGGGAUUCAAAUUGGCGUGGGUAUGGAUGGGGCUGGAAUGACGAUCCUUGCACCAGUCUUAGGAGAUACAUUUGUGAAGAACCACUGGAUGUUCCCCUCCCUGUGGCUCUCUUCUUCGUGGGUGGUAUUAACAAAACUGUGGACCUCAGUCCAAGUGGAGCCAAUAUGGCUGUGCUCAGUGACAUCACCUUACAACCAGGUCCUUUUGGAAAUCCAAGUGGCUCCUUGUUUCUAGGAACUAGCAAUAGCCAUGUGGAAUUGGAAAAUCGCGGAGAAAUCGAUACAAGGUUUUCGAUGAGUGUAUUUGCUUGGGUGCAUCUUAGUAAUUCUAGCACUGGUCAAAUAAUAGAUCACGGUUGCUCGAUGACGGUCUUCCAUUCAACCCUCGGAGUCGAAGUGCUUUUUAAGGAACGGGAAAGUUCUAGGAGUUAUCUCAUACAUAAAAAGGGCGUUCUUAAAGCAAACUCUUGGAAUUUCAUCGGUGUUACGUAUGAGUACUACAGCGGUAUGGCAACUAUAUGGGUAAACGAUAACAUCGUCAUGCGAAAAAUUGUUUUAGCUAAAAUGGAGUUAGCGACGCAUGAGAAUGUUCUUGUUGGAGCCUCAAAAAAUAGGAAAAUGCAAUUCCGCGGCAGGAUUUCUUGCUUGCAGUUUUAUGAUCAAGCAUUAUCUGUGGAUCAAAUCAUGAAGGCUAAAAUACGAUGUAAUAAAACUGUAUCUGCACCUUCAGUGGAAUAUAGAAGUGUCGGAUGCUACGCAGACAAGCCUCAUCGAGCAAUUCCAAUACUUGAAGGAGCAGACCCCAUCUCUGCCGAGAAGUUCGAUGUGCGUACGAGAGCGAUUGAAAAGUGUGCCCUUGCAGCUCGAAAAAGAGGAUUCACCAUGUUUGCUGUUCAAUAUGGUGGGCAGUGCAUGACCGGCGCAAAGGCAGAACAUACUUUCAACAGAUAUAAUGAGAGUAACGAUUGCAAAGCCAAUGGAAAAGGAGGAACAUGGGCAAACAAUGUUUACAUCAUUCGAGAUUAUAUCGAUAUUGGAUGCUACAGAGAUCGCCGCUCGCGUGCAAUUGCAUCACUCGAAGGAAAAGAUCCGCUAUUGACAGGAUGGCACAAAAAACGUAAGAACUCUAUCGAAAAAUGCGCUAUAGUGGCUCGCAAAAGGGGCUUCCGCAUGUUUUCAGUUCAGUAUGGCGGGGAGUGUUACGGCAGUGCAACAGCCGAUAGGACUUUUGAUAGAUAUGGCAAGAGUGAUAAUUGCGAAGGUGACGGAAAAGGAGGAGCUUGGGCGAAUCGCGUCUACGCCUUUCAAGUUUCUUCUUCUUGGUGCAGUCCCAGCUUUUUUCCAUUCCAUGGGGGUUGCUUUUCCUUAGAUACCGACAACAAAGUAAACUGGAAGCAAGCCUUGGAAAGGUGCAAUUUCGAAGGAGGUACUCUGGCAAAGAUUUCAACGGAAGGGUUAAGACGUGCUUUCUCUGUUGUGUUAGAAGGAAUCAGAUCCUACCGUUCAAGUCAUAACAACUAUUUCAUUGGUAUGAGAGGUCAAUAUGAUGACUGGACGUGGUUUGAUGGCACUUCUUUGAAUGACUCGUUGUGGAUGUCAGGACAUCCAACUAGGGACGUUGAUGACCUAGCCUGUGCUUAUCUUCCGGCUGGUUUAUCCAGAAUAAAGAAUGGUGCUUGCAAAUCACAUAGAUACCCAUUGUGUCAGAAAAGAUCGGAAGCUUCUUUGUCAAACCGAAGUCAAACCACUUGUUCCAGUGUUUUGCUGCCCUAUGAGUCCUCUUUGGCUAUUGAUAAAUCUUACACCACCUGCUUUCGUUCAGGAAGGGAGUCGAACCCUUGGUGGCAAGUUAACCUUGAUAAACAUUUGUACGUAAUGUCUGUGGUAAUCACUAAUAAAGUUGAUUGCUGCCUACGGGAUAACGGGAUGAUCAACGUAAGAGUAUUAAACAGUCCACACGGCAGAGACUCAACCUGCUCCAAAUUGGUGAAAUAUGAUGGAGUAACCCAACAAUUUAAAUUUUACUGCUCACCACCAGCGCUAGGAAAUUACCUGAAAAUAACGUUGACGGGUAAUAAUGUCUCUCUUGUCCUGUGCCAAGUUGUCGUGGAAACUAUUGAUUCGCUUACCGAGGCAAAGGGAGUGCUACGAGAGACAUGGUAUCAAAUGAAAAAUUACGAAGCCAGGAGUAAAUCAAUCAUGCGCGAACAUCCACUCAUUCAAGGUCCGCCUGGAAGCCGGAUAGUUUUGCCAGAUUUUGAUGCUCCUAUCAAUUUGGAAGACAGAUACGCGCAAAGAUUGACAGCUUACUUGCUGGUUCCUCAGAGCGGUACCUACGUCUUUUACGCUGCGUGCGACGAUUCAUGCGAGUUGUGGAAGUAUAAUGUCGUGGAAUUCGGAUUUGUAAAAGUUAACACCAAAUCAAACAAGAGUGUAAAGAACCGAAGUCCAAUUAUAUCUGUAAACAAAUUCACUAGACAUCUUCAAUGGGACAGGUACGAAGAGCAAUCAUCGCAGCCAAUCUUCCUUGAAAAAUGUCGCUUCUAUCGUAUGGAGGUGUAUGGAAUGGAUGUAGACGGCAACGAUCAUAUAUCAGUUGGCAUGCGUAGGCCGAAUGGAGAUUUUGAAAGGCCCAUUCCUGGGAAAAGACUAUUCUGGACGAAACCAGGGACACGAAAAUUGGCGGUGACACUCAACGAUCUUGAAACGUCGAUAGCUGCCAUCGUUGGGUCAAAUCUACGCAUUUCAGGUACCUACAGCUUCUGUUGUCAGGGCAUAUAUUGCCCUGAUUGUCCAUUGCACCUGAACAUCUCAACCCUGAUGCAAAAUGUAACAAUAGACUCAGCGGUAAAUAUGUCUUGUUUAAAUACAUCCUUCGAGACUUUCUUUGACACGGAGAGACAGCCGGGAAAUUAUACAGUGAAGAUCAGCUAUUCAUUCCUGGACCAGUCAGGGCAAAUUCUUGAAGAGAGAGUGCUUGGAAAUGUUCAUCUUAAAGCUGCUCUAGUAUUAAAAGAAUGCCAUUUCGAGUCUGGAAAUUGUGCAGGCUGGACUAACCUUGGAGGCAAGGAAAAGUGGAAGUUCUCCCAAGGUCAUUUUGCCUACAUCGGAAGAUCUUCCAGAGGACAGCUUAAGAGUCCUUUGUUAUCAGGGAAACCAGCUAAUGAGAUAGUGGGUUUGUGCCUACGGUUCAGAUACCUCAUGCCAACUAAAUCAAAGUCGUAUUUGAAAGUUCUACUUUGGGAAGCAACAGAAGAAAGGGAGUUAUUAGUUUGGCAGCUGCUUGGAUACCAUGGUCCAGGAUGGUCAGUGGCUCAGGUGGUUUUACCAAGCUCUGUAUCUAUUCAGGUUAUGUUUGAGGGAGAAGGCUUUGUUGAUGACCCAGUGAAUGUGGCAAUUGAUGACGUCAGCAUAACGACUGAGAACUGUGUUUUACUACCUUACUAUGCAAAGCCAGGUUUUCACUGUGGCGAAAAAGAGUUUCGAUGUGACAAUGGGGAAUGUGUCAAAAAUGAUUUAACAUGUGAUGGUGACCUCGCGUGUAAAGAUGAAUCGGACGAGGAGAACUGUGGCUGCCCUUCCAGUGAGUUUUCUUGUCAGGAUGGAAAAUGUAUCCCCGCGGCAGCUGUGUGCGAUGGUAGCAACGAUUGCUCAGACGGAGAUGAUGAACAUAACUGUCGUAGUCCAUGUCCUUUCAAAUAUCAUUGUCUUGAUGGUACUUGCAUUUCCUGGUCUAAUACCUGUACGGAAAUACCGUUCUGUGAGGACGGUACUAACACACCGUCUGUAUGUGGAGCAGGAGAUUGCCUUCUCAGUGAUUUAUCGUGUUCAUCCGACACGUCGGAAGAGCUCUCGCAGUGUAAAUCAUCUUUCAGAGGCCAUUGUAGUUUCGACGAUAAUUUUUGCUCAUUGAAAUGUGACUGGAAUGCCACGUUCCAGUGGACCAUAACGUCGGGCAAGACACCAACGGAGAAUACUGGUCCAAGAUAUGAUCACACUACUUUUAGCAAGGAUGGGUCGUAUAUCUACAUCGAAGCCUCUCCACAAUUGCCUGGAGACAGAGCAAGGCUGUUAAGUGACUGGAUGGAACCCAAUGAAGUAGUGUGUAUUCAGUUUUGGUAUCAUAUGUACGGGUCAGAAAUCGGCAAUUUGAGCAUCUACUUAAAAACUAACCAAUCAGAGACAAUUGUUUGGACACUUUCGGGAAAUCAGGGGGACCAGUGGAAGUUCGCACAAACAACUUUGAAUAGUGGAGAUGCUUAUAAGUUUAUCAUUGAAGGAAUGGUAGGCUAUGGAAGCAGCGGUGAUAUAGCUCUGGAUGAUCUGACAUUGCUUGAUGGAAACUGUAAGACAAUUAUUACACAGAAGAGUUUGAACUGUGAUUUCAAAGAAGACACAUGCGAUUGGGAGGCUCAAGGAGGGUGGACACUUUCAAAAGACGAUUCCUCUAUUUUUCUUCGCCCUGGAGCACAUGCGGUGCGUCACUCUCUAUUUUCGCCUCCGAACAUAAAUACCAACGAAUGGAAGUGUUUACAUCUCUGGUAUUUCAUCAGAGGCAACGACGAGUAUGAAGCAUCCAUAACAGUGUUAUUAAAGAUGUUACCAUCAAACCUAACGACUUUGCUUCUCUUCGCGGACCAGACUACAUCUGGGACAACAUACACACAAACACCGUUACCAAAAAAUUUCACAGAUGCUCAGAUCGAAAUAGUGGGAACGAAUGAAUGGAAAAUUCUGGCUAUCAGACAAGUAUCCUUUUCUAAAGACUCUUGUGAGCAUAUUCCCAAGCGAAGAAAUGAUUUGCAUCAGCAUAAACCCCUUGGAAUGGAAAACGGUGAGAUUCUUGACAAGAAGAUCACCUCAUCUUCACAAGUGGAUGUGAUUCAUGCCGCCAUCCAAGGAAGACUUCACUUCCAAGCAACCCCAGGCAAAGCAGGGUCUUGGUCCGCUGGUUCAGAGGACUCAAGUCCAUGGCUCCAAGUUGAUCUGAAUAUUCAGAACACAAGAGUCACAGGGGUUGCGACGCAAGGGAGAAACGGACCCUUUGCUCAGUGGGUCACGGAAUAUAAGCUGCAGUACAGCAACGAUGGAGUAAGCUUCAAAUACUACAAGGAACCGGGACAAACCAUAGAAAGGCACUUUGCUGGAAACGCUGACCAGGAUGCUGUCGUUUUUAAUGAACUUAAUCCACCCAUCAGAGCACGUUACAUCCGCUUUCGACCUGUGGCUUGGUAUAAAGCAGCUUCAAUGAGAGUUGAACUGUAUCAGGAUGUAGAAGAGUGUAAUAAAGCUCUGGGAAUGGAAAACAGCGAAAUCUCGAGUGGACAAAUUCUUGCCUCUUCACAAUGGGAUGGAUAUUCCGCCGCAAGCCAAGGAAGAUUAUUCUUUCAAGCGACAGGGAGGACACAGGGUGGAUGGUCAGCUGGCAAAAGGAAUGCAUGGCAGUGGUUCCAAGUUGAUCUGGGAAGUCAGUACGUUAAAAUCACAGGUGUAGCAACACAAGGCAGGCAAGAACACGAUGAGUGGGUAACCAGUUACAAACUGCGCUACGGGAAUGACGGAGAGAGCUUCCAGUACUUCAAGGAAGAAGGGAAAGUCGAGGACAAGGGAUUUACUGGAAAUAUGGACCGUGGCACCAUUGUUCAUCACGAACUUUACCCAGCCAUCAAAGCCCGUUUCAUUCGCCUUCAGCCCCUGUCUUGGCAUAACUGGAUAUCUAUGAGGGUUGAAUUGUAUGGAUGUUCAGAUGAAUGUCAAAGGGAUCUUGGCUUAAGAGAUAAAGCUAUUCCUGAUGCACAGCUAAGUGCCUCAUCGCAACUGGAUCAUAACCAUGCCGCAUCUCAAGGAAGACUGGACUAUGAAGGUGAACGUUGGAGAGCAUCAGCCUGGUCAUCUCGCACUAAAGAUAAAAGCCAAUGGCUCCAAAUUGAUCUUCGAAGUAUAUACAUUAAAGUAACCCGGGUGGCUACACAAGGUCGAACUGGCACAGGGCGCAAGAACUGGCAGUGGGUAACACAUUAUAUGGUGCAGUUCAGUGAUGAUGGAGAAAACUUUACUUUCUUUAAGGAACUAGGACAGUCAGCGGCAAAGAAUUUUAGUGGAAACAGCGACAUCAGUACUGUUGUUUAUAAUGACUUAAACCCACCGAUCAGAGCUCGCUAUAUCCGCUUUAUCCCACAAGCCUGGUAUGGCCAUAUAUCGAUGACGGUGGAGCUGUAUGGAUGUCUGGAGUAUAGUAGUAAAGUUACCAUGAAUGGAUCUGAAUGUCGACAAGCUCUUGGUAUGCAAGACGGUUUAAUAUCAGAUGGACAAAUCAGCGCCUCUUCGGAAUAUAAUGACUUUCAUGCUGCAAUCUUUGCUAGGCUGCACAUUGCACCGAUCACCGCAAAAAAGGCUGGUUCCUGGACUGCGGAGAGAAAUGAUUUACAUCAAUGGUUGCAAGUGGAUCUAGGAAGCCAGUACACCAGAGUAAUACGAGUUGCAACGCAAGGAAGACAUGAUGAUAGCCACUGGGUGACAAGAUAUAAGUUACAAUAUGGAAAUGACGAACAAAAAUUACAUUACUACAGGGGUUCCGGAAAAUUUUCAGAUAAGACUUUUGUUGGAAACUCUGAUCGAGACACUGUCGUUUUUAGUGAACUAAACCCGCCAAUCUAUGCACGUUUUAUCCGCUUUCGACCACAACAUUGGUUUGGCCACAUAGCCAUGAGGGUAGAGGUCUAUGGCUGUCGAGAAUGUACGAAACCCCUCGGUGUGGGCAACGGUGCAAUAUCUGAAAGACAAAUGAGUUCUUCUUCCCAACUGGACGAUGCUCAUGCGGCUAUGCGAGGAAGACUCAACUCCAAGGCAGCUAAGGAUAAAGGAGGAUCCUGGUCCGCCGCCUCGAACAACCGCAGCCAAUGGCUUGAGAUAGAUCUCCGUAGUCAGAACAUCAAUGUGACCCGUGUAGCCACUCAAGGAAGACAUGAUUCCAGCCAGUGGGUGACGAAGUACAAGCUGCAAUACAGUAAAGAUGGUGUUAACUUCCAAUAUUACAAAGAACCGAUGAAAAAUGCACAUAAGAUUUUUGAUGGGAACGUUGAGCAACACGCCGUUGUUUAUAAUGAACUUGUCCCGCCUAUCACAGCACGUUUCAUCCGUUUUUGGCCUGUUGACUGGUAUGGUCAUAUAUCAAUGAGAGUAGAACUUUAUGGAUGUCCAGAUGACCGUCCCUGUGACACAUCAGUAGACUGGUGUGGAUGGAAAAACGAACGUGGCUGGAAAAGAAUCAAACAUAAAAAUCUUGAUCAGAUCUCUCAGAGCGAAGGUUUUAGUGUCGACAGCAACUUCGAGGUCCAUCUCCCUGACAGCGAGUACGGUUACAUAUCAUUAUCAGAUGUGGUACUGGAUGAAUGCUGUUUUACCAUUUGCUUUUGGUUGAAUACUGCUGACAGUGGCUUCUUUAUGGAAUACAAAAAUGAGGGAUCAGCCGAAGAAAAUGAGAUUCUAAUUUUCGGAAUCUAUUGUGGAAACAACACAUUUUCUCUUCAAAGCGGCAGCGAAAGAAGAGAGCAUUCAAUGGACGUGAUGGACUCCACCUGGCACCACGUGUGUGUCUUCUGGGAUGGGAAAGUUGGAAUGCUUGCAGUUUUCAAGGAUGGUCAAAGAAAUGUCAAAUUAAAUAACUUCAUGGCGCCCCUACUUCCGAAGCCGAAUAAAGGGGUUGUGACGAUUGGUUUUAGGACUAUAAAUGGAACUGCGUCUGUUAUUUUUGGUAAACUGAGUGGCUUUAAUAUUUGGAGCACCGUAGUCACGGCAGAAGAAAUACUGCGCAUGUCUUACGGUUGUGGAAAGGAAGUUGGCAAUGCAAUGGCCUGGGGAAAAGUUAGAAAUGGGCUUAUUGGGGAAGUAGAGAUACAAUCACAUCCAACUUGCAACGAUGGAAAACGUGCCAGGCUUGUUGUAGAUACCGUCGAUUUCAAGCCAAAUGGGACCGCUGUUCUUGUGAGCCCCACAUAUAAUAGAUCAAGCGACGGGAAAAGCAGAUGCUUGAGGUUUCGCUAUAUGCUGCAGGGGUCUGGAGAUAAAACGUUGACAAUUUUCCAGAAAACAGGGGGUUAUCGUGAAAUACCCCUCUGGACUUGGAAACGCAACUCUGGCCAGGAUUGGAUUUAUGGUCAAGUUCCGCUGACCUCUAUUACGAAGUUUAAGAUUUUGAUUAAAGCCCAAAAAAGCAGGGAGAAAGACUUGAUUGCCUUGACGGGGAUAUAUGUCAAAGAGGGACUCGAAUGCAAACUUAGACCGCUGUCGGCAAAACGAGCCUGCAAUAUGGACAUAACCGAUCCGUCAGGAUACAUCUUUUCACCGGCCUAUUCCGGAGAUUCUCUUGAUGAAAUCGCGUGCACGUGGUAUAUUGCCGUUUCACGCAAUAACAAUAUUCGCUUGGAAUUCCAAGAUUUUCACCUUCCGGACCAUCCCACGUGCAAAGGCUGUUAUCUCCAAAUUUUUGAUGGAAGUGAAAAGUCUGCUCCAGCGUUGGGUCGAUUUUGCGGAUAUAUGUAUCCUCCUAUUGUUAUUUCUUCAUCAAAUCAUCUCAAGAUUGCUCUGCGUUGUGCUGCCAAUCCCUACACGGCAAGAUUCAAGAUUUUUUAUAACUCCAAAGCAGCUCACAAGGAUUUAGAGUCGUCAUGUUCACUUCAGCAAGAAUGCCCAUCAAGCUGCAAAUGUAAAGAGUUUGGUGGACAAGUAAACAAGAGGACACUGGUGACAGGAGAAGAUUUACUAAAUGUACCGAAUCACCUUCCAACAAAUGUUGGAGCAAUGUUUCUCGGCCAAAAUCGGAUAUCCCGAUUGCGCAAGGAGGACUUCAUAAACCUCUUUAAAUUAGAAUAUAUUGAUCUGAGCUUCAAUAAACUGCUUCGCGUGGAUGAAGACAGCUUUCAAAAUGUGACAUCCGUCAAGACAAUGAGACUUAAUUUUAACUUUCUUCGAGCCCUUCCUGUUGGGGCCUUCAAUGGACUACCCAAUUUACGCGUACUUGACUUAGGACAGAACCUUCUUCGGGUUGUAUUCAGCGAGAUGCUCGAUGGAGUUUCGAAUUUGGAAGUUUUGAGUUUUCGCUCUAACCAAAUCGAGCAGCUGGAAUAUGGUGCUUUUAAGAACAAAAGCAAUAUGACUCAUUUGUACCUACAAGAUAACAAGCUCAAGGAAGUGUCAAAUGGGAUUUUUAAAGACCUUAUGAAAUUAAAAGUAUUAAAUCUUAGCAGGAACGAAUUAACAACUGUUUCAAAGGAAACCUUUCAAGGGUUGAAGUCACUUGAGUAUUUAUACCUGGAUAGCAACAAACUCAUCAAAGUUCCUCCAGACGCAUUCAAUGACCUCAGAAACCUCAGAUAUUUGAGACUAGAUCGCUUCAUACUUUGUUGCUACGCCAAGAAGUCCAUCGAAGGAGUUUCUUGCGAUUCCCCAGUCGAUGAAUUCUCGAGCUGCGAUGACCUCAUGAAAAACAAAACUCUUCAAACCUGUAUCUGGAUUCUGGGAAUCUUCGCCUUCUUUGGUAACCUGGUUGUCAUAAUAUGGCGAAUCAUUGAUAACGAGGAGAACAGAGUCCACUCGUUCUUACUGACAAAUUUAGCAUUUGCCGACAUGUUCAUGGGUGUCUACCUGUUGGCAAUCGCCAUCAUGGACGCGAGGUGGCAAGGUGAAUAUUUCAAACAUGACCAUGAGUGGAGAUCUGGUUGGGGUUGUCGAAUUAUUGGAGUCUUAUCGAUGCUUUCCAGUGAGGUAUCUGUACUAAUCCUAACAAUCAUCACCAUGGACAGAUUUAUUGCAAUCGUCUUCCCGUUCAAAUUCAAACGCCUGACCAUCAGAUCUGCCGUAUUCACCUGCACAGGAGUGUGGAUAUUUGGAAUAGUUAUCUCAGUGAUUCCAAUCACCGGAAUAAACUAUUUUUACAAUCAAAACGAUGAUUCCGGUUUUUACAGUCGCUCAGCAGUUUGCCUUCCUCUUCAACUGUCCGAAGGAACACCGGCCGGUUGGCAGUAUUCCGCCUCCUUCUUCAUUGGGAUGAAUUCUGUUUCUUUUACCUUUAUCCUGGUUGCGUAUAUCUCAAUGUUUUUGACGGUAAAGCGUGUAACCCACUCUGUUCGAUCGACGAAUUUAAACAGGGAAUCCGCUAUGGCCAAGAGACUUGUUUUCAUAGUCAUGACAGAUUUUUGCUGUUGGAUGCCCAUAAUAAUCAUCAGCAUUUUGUCUCUGACAGGAAAUUUCAAUGACCCAGACAAAAUUGCUUACGUGUGGAUUGCAGUGUUUGUUCUUCCCCUCAACUCUUCCCUUAAUCCAAUCCUUUACACGUUUUCCACCGAUAGAGCCAAACGUAGCUUUAGCCAGAAGGGGAAAAAUGUCACUGGUUUCGUUAUGAAGACCUGGAACAGACGAACGGAAGAUCGAAUGUCCUGUUCCUCGAACAUCUCUGGAAAAACGUUGCUCUCCAAAGUCCUUUCCAUUUCCAGCCCCCAGCCAAAAGCAAAGGUAUUGAAAAAGCCGCAGCUGGAGGUUGUUGUCCUGCACGCUAAUCUGAAGCUGAUUGAAGAAGUAAAUAUCUUCAAAGAUGAUACUGCUGGAAAACAAUCCAUAGGUUAUGUUACAGCUUGGUGUGAGGAAGGAGGUGUUCUAAACAUGGUGUUGCUAAAGUACUUUCGAAAAGAAAUGAAGGAGGACUGGAAUCGGGAAGUGGGUGUCGUACAGAGCCUAUCUUGUGACGAGCAGCUCCUAUCCAAUGUGUUACAUUAUCGAUGGCACUGCAAAAGUAACGACCUGAAUAUUGAGCAAGGCAAAACGAAGAUCAAUGAUUUACAAGGAAACAGUUUCCUGAUAUGUUUCGACUUUGUGUCGAGCUCAACUCUGGAAGAUUUUAUUUGUGAGAAAGGAACUGUCAUCGACUUCGAAUCAAUUUGUGCGGUAGCUUGUGACGUCCUAGGUGCAAUAGAAGGACUACAGGAACUUGGAAUACUUCAUAACAACAUCACAACAAGCAACAUUCUGAUCAGCCAGUGCCCUAGGAUUCCUCCAAUCAAAGCAGUCUUGGGUGGAUUCUCCCGUGCAUCCAAGGUGAAUGGAGAAAGCGCGUUCACAAACCAAGCUAUUGAUGAACAGAUUUGUUUUGGCAGCCAUGUUGAGCAGUUUGGACAGUUGUUGAUCACACUACUAGGACACUGUCACGGCUCUAGUAAACAGUUCAAGCUACAUGAAAUUAUGAACCUGUGCGUUGAGGAAACACCAGAGAAGAGGCCUACGGCGUCUUGCCUCCGACAACUCUUGGAAGAAGUCUGGAGCACAAAGGGUGAUUCAUUUGUUUGAUCUAACAUACGGAGUAAAACACUUCACAAGUGUAAAAUACAUAUAUUGGUUGAGCUUUUAAAAUAAUCCAAAAAUGUUUGUCCAUCCCUGCAGUACGUAGGGUACAAUCCAUAAAGAAAAGCCAUGUUUAUCUUGUCAAUAACGGAAGAAUACACUACAACAAAGUGCAUUAGCAAUUAUGCUUUGUAAGUAGUUAAACCUUGUGUAGAGUAUAUUGGUACGAGAUGUAUCACUGACAUCUGUCAGUGAAAAAAAAAGGAAGUCUGAAAAUACUCAUUUGCUUAAAAGCCAUAAUGUAAUUUGCCUAAGAGCCAUAUUUUAUCCAAUUACCGACUGUCUUUUAAAAGACUACAACGCAUUCAGUUUGCGGCAGCUAGUUUUGUCUGCGGACAGUAUGUAAACAGUAUUGACACUAUUCUCAAAUUAGGCUGUUACCUAUGGAAGAACGUGGGCAACUGCAUGUUUUGAAGGCCACGCACAUAGCUAAAUACUGCCAAAAUUAGCCAAGAAAGCUCCAGCUUGAGCAAGUAAGGCAUAACAAGAAGUUGCGCUCAUCCAUUUCCAUCAAUUUAGUCAUUCUGUUGGCCUCUAACACUUUCCAGGAUAGUGCGUCAGUUCUUUUCAACUCUUUACCAGCAAAUGUUAAAUCUUGUUGUAAUUUUAAGUCUUUUAGCAGGCGAACGUUAGCUACUCUUGGAGAGCGCUGCCAGACCGGCGCGCAAUAAUCUUUUAGACUCAGUCUUUAGUUCAAAUAAAUACAUAUUACAUACCUUUGUAGAUAAUUAUGCGAUUUUAUUUUACAUUAAAUUGUUAUA